CGCUACGCGGUAGUCAGGGAGCGUUGCGGGUCCUGGUUGCAAUUGAGGUGGGAAGAAGGGCCCGGCGGGCUGUGAGGGACCGGGAGGACUGUCCGGGACAAGUCUGGCACCGGGAAGUGGGUCUGAGUGGCGGGAGGGCCCGGUCUCUGGGGAAGGAAUCAAAGGGAACCGGUCCUCUGGGGAAGGGGGUCAGUCCCCGACUCUCUGGCUCUUCCGCUCUCAGCCGUAACUUUGGGGUGUGGCAGAGGUUAGUGACCGCGUUCACCUCGGAGCUGGGCAUGAAGGAGGUUGGCGGCCACCACCGGGUUAUAAUUUUCCUUACUGCCACUGGGGUAAUAAAACACAUGUCUGUAAUCCGGAUUAUCCGCGGUGAUUUGGGGCCUCCUCCACUGCCCAUCUAAAUUAAAGGCCUGUGCCCUACGACUUGCUCCUCUUUCACCUCUUGCUGUCCCUUUGCCAGCCAGGUCAAGCCCGGGAGGGGGUCAGGGCUACCAGGUGGCUGUUACGGUUGAAAGACUUAAAGUUGUUAAAGUGAGUCUGGAAGAAAAGGAAGGAUUUUUGUGUGUUGGUAUAGUGUGAGUGUGAGGUGACUCAGAGCCUCACCAUGUCAGGGAAACGGAAGCGUGUGGUGUUGACUAUUAAAGAUAAACUGGAUAUAAUAAAGAAACUUGAAGAUGGAGGUUCUUCCAAACAACUAGCAGUGAUUUAUGGAAUUGGUGAGACAACAGUUAGGGAUAUAAGAAAAAAUAAGGAAAAGAUUAUCACUUAUGCAAGCAGCUCUGAUUCCACAAGCCUUCUGGCCAAGAGGAAGUCUAUGAAGCCAUCCAUGUAUGAGGAACUGGACAGAGCAAUGCUGGAGUGGUUCAACCAGCAAAGAGCAAAAGGGAAUCCCAUAUCGGGACCAAUUUGUGCAAAAAGGGCAGAGUUCUUCUUUUAUGCCUUGGGAAUGGAUGGUGAUUUUAACCCCUCUGCCGGUUGGUUAACUCGCUUUAAGCAGAGGCACAGCAUUAGAGAGAUUAACAUUAGAAAUGAAAGGUUAAAUGGAGAUGAGACCGCUGUAGAAGAUUUUUGUAACAACUUUCGGGAUUUUAUUGAACAAGAGAAUUUGCAGCCUGAACAGAUCUAUAAUGCAGAUGAGACUGGACUUUUUUGGAAGUGCCUGCCUACGAGGACUUCAGUAAUUAAAGGUAAAUGCACUGUCUCUGGGCACAAAUCAGUUGAAGAAAGAGUCACUAUCAUGUGUUGUGCGAAUGCAACAGGUUUACACAAACUUAAACUUUGUGUUGUGGGGAAAGCAAAGAAACCUCGCUCCUUCAAGUCAACUGAUACCUUAAAUCUGCCAGUCUCUUACUUCAGCCAAAAAGGUGCAUGGAUGGACCUUUCUAUUUUCCGACAGUGGUUUGAUAAAAUUUUUGUACCACAAGUUCGAGAGUACUUAAGAUCCAAAGGCUUACAGGAAAAGGCUGUGCUCUUGCUGGAUAAUUCACCAACACAUCCAAAUGAAAACGUCCUAAGGUCAGAUGAUGGCCAGAUAUUUGCUAAAUACUUACCACCAAAUGUGGCUUCAUUGAUUCAGCCCUCAGAUCAGGGAGUCAUAGCAACAAUGAAGAGAAACUAUCGUGCUGGUCUUCUCCAGAACAACUUGGAAGAAGGUAAUGACCUUAAAUCAUUCUGGAAGAAGCUUACUUUGCUAGAUGCACUUUAUGAAGUAGCCAUGGCAUGGAAUUUAGUAAAACCACUUACCAUUAGUAAAGCAUGGAAGAAGAUUCUCCCUACCAUAGAGGAGAAAGAAUGCAUGGAUUUUGAUGAUGAAGAAGAUAUUUCUGUGGCUACUAUGGCCACCAUUUUACAACACACCAAAGGACUAGAAAAUGUGUCUACUGAGAACAUUGAGAAAUGGCUUGAAAUAGACAGUACUGAACCAGGUUAUGAAGUGUUAAGUGACAGUGAAAUCAUCAGAAGAGCACAAGGCCAGACAGAUGAAUCCAGUGAAAAUGAGGAGGAAGAAAUAGAACUAAUUCCAGAAAAGCAUAUUAAUCAUGCGACUGCUCUCCAAUGGACUGAAAAUUUAUUGGAUUAUCUUGAACAACAAGGUGAUAUGAUUCUACCUGAUAGACUGGUAAUACGUAAGCUUCGAGCCACUAUCAGAAAUAAACAGAAGAUGACGAACUCAAGCCAAUAAUGACAUUUCAAUUUUAUUUUGAUAAUUAUGUUUAUGAUUCUUUACCUCUUUGUAAUAAGGCUUAAUUUUCAUUGUGUUCUGAAUUCUCAGAUACAGUCUUGUGAAAAACAAAUACAAAAAUGUAUCUCAAAUGCUUUUUGAGGGUAUGUUUUCAUCAUGUGUUUCUUGUCCCUUGUGUAGAUAAUCAAAAGCUUAUCGAUACAAAUUACAUGUACACAUGUAUUUACUUUUGUAAAUCUGUAGUGAUCUCUUGCAUUAGAGUGUCAUUCUCUGGAUUUUCUAGCAAAAGAGAUAACAGUGAAAAGAAAGAUCACUUUCCACAAAUCUGCUUGAUUCAUGAGGAUUGUCACAGUAAUCUUCUCUUGUAUAACCAUGGUAAAUGGUUGUUUUGUGUGUCUGCAUAGUCUGACAGGAUGAGAAUAUGUUGAUAGAUUUUGGUACAUAAUAUGAUUUUGGUAUGUAAUAAUUAAAAAGUGAAGUUCAGUAAUGAUGAGGAAACAGUGAUCUCUGAAUUACAAAAAAUAACUUCGAAGUCAUACUUGUGUUAUUUUAUAUUCACGGGGUGGCAGGUGGAAAAGAUUAUUUUGGUAAAUAGGGGAAGUGAUUGCUAAGUGAGUGAGACUACUGGAUAUAUAAAAGAGGUAUUCCGAUCAAUUAAUUUUUUGUAAGCAGAGGAAUUUAAAAUUUUGAAUAUUUUAGAUUAUUUAUACAAAGGGAAUAAAUAGACUUGGUUUAAUUUGGUCUUUAUUAUGAAUUGGGUAACAGUAUAGGUUUAUUAUUUAUUCAUCAAAUUAUAAUACAGG